UUUUGCCAAUUUAUUUCUACUGUUCAAUAUUAAUGUGAAGCAGAUAUGUAGGAUAUGGGGCAUUAUGAGGUAAUUCUCCUACAUCAACUAACUACUGUCUCAAUUAAGGUUUGAGGCUAGAUUUCUGCAAACAGCAACAUAUUUUCUAUAUCAAUGUGCGUUUACAACUUUGACCUUGUUAGAAUUAUUUAGUGGACAAUUCUCUUAAAGGAUUAUUCCGGGUUCAAUACAAAUUAAGCUGAAUUGACAGCAUUUGUGGCAUAAUAUUCAUUACCACAAAAAUUUAUUUAUAUCCAUAAACAUUUAAAUACUUAAUUUCAGGGGGGCCUGGGUAGCUCAUCAAGUAAAGACGCUGAAUUCCACACCUGGAUUUGCAAGUUUAAAUCUAGGGUGUGCUGAGUGACUCCAGUCAGGCUUCCUAAGCAACCAAUUGGCCCGGUUGCUAGGGUGGUUAGAGUCAUGUUGGGUUAACCUCCUUGUAGUCACCUAAUGUGUUUCUGUGUCUCAGAUUUGUGCGUGGAUGCCGCAGGGAAUAGUGUGGACCUCCACAUGCGCUACAUCUCCGCUGUAACGCUAAACAAGUCACAUGAUAAGAUGUGCGGAUUGACGGUCUCAGAUGCGGAGGCGGCUGAGAUUCGUCCUCCGCCACCUGAAUUGAGGUGAGUCACAACGCCACCACGAGGAGUUAGAGCCCAUUGGGAAUUGGGCAUUCAAAAUUGGGGAGAAAAUCCAAAAAAACUAAAAUAAAUACUUUGUUUCAAAUGUAUAGUAAAAAGACGUAAACAAUUUGUGCGUAAAUAUAAUUUUAGUGUUUUAAACAACUUUACAGCUCAAACAAUACAAGUUAUAACAGAACAAUUAAUGUAAGUGCUUUUAUGGCAUUAUAAGCUCACCGAUUCUUGAGAUACGAGACAAAACAUGUUUUUAUUUUUUAAUACUAAAUUAAUUUGAAAUGGAUAUAUUUGUAGACAAAGGUCUCAGCUAACGAACAAUGUAAUGGAACAGGUUUUUAUAAAAACACUUUUUUUUUUUUUAUUCUUUUGAAAAUUGACAUUUAUUCACUUCAUAAAUUGCAUCUUACUGUCAUUUGUGUCAACUCCAUCAGACACCAAAAGCGUGCUAUUUUAAUUUGAUUUAUCCAACAAGUGUAAAGUCUUUAAUUAUCUAAUUAAUUAAUCUAGCCAUUUCCCUCCCAGUUGAAGAUUUCUGUAUAAACUACACUAAAAUGUCAAAAUUGAUCCCACAAUUUUAACAGAAAUUACAAUAAUGAGAAUGACGGAGUUGACAAGCUGUGAAAGCAGAUACAUUGUUUAAAAUAUGAAAAAUAUAAAACGUACCAGACCACGUGUCCUACUGUUGUAGGUAUACACAUUUCCUUUAGAUUUUACUUUUCCAGUAAUUUUAUUAUGAAUUUCUUGAUUUUAAUAAUAAAGAUGACAUUUGUUUGUAAGACAAUUUUUGUCCCUUAUCUCAAGAAUAAUUCAGCUUCACAUUUCUGUUUAAACCCUUCAAAAAUUUGCCCCAUUCACGUCCAUUGUAAGUGUCUCACUGUAACCUCGAUCAUUGCCUCUUGUUUUUCUUUUUAGAAAAGGAGGUACAAGUUGAAAUGUAUCUUUGUGGUAAUCAACAUUAUGCCACAAAUUCUGUCGAUUAAUCUUAACUGGUACUGAACCCGGAAUAUUCCUUUAAGACUGGGGCAGAGGAUUGAACUCAACUUCCACACACAUAGAUAUUAUAUAGAGACUAGAUGCCCUAUUGGCCGCUGCGCACUGAGAAAUACGGCCGCCAUCUUAAACCAGUCGUACUCCUAGUUUUUUUGCGCGGCAGCAGUUAAGAUGCCAGAGCACUGUGGAGCAUUUUCCUGUUCUAAUCAGCGGACCAUCGCAAAUAGGGCCCGGGGGAUUACUUUUCACAAGGAAGUUUUAACAUUACCGUACUAUUGGUUGUAUUUUGUGAAUAGAAUAUUACCAGAUAAUUGAGGAGGAGCAAGGAUCUUUGAUAUUACUGUACUGAAAUCGUAACCAGCUAACGUUAGCUAGGUGUGUGUGUGUGUGUGUGAGAGAGAGAGAGAGAGAGAGUGUGUGUGUGUGUGUGAGUGUGAGAGAGACAGUGUGUUCGUGUUUGUGACUGUUCGUGUUUGUGUGUGUGUGUGCGCUUGUUUGUUUGUGAGAGUGUGUGUGUGUGUGUGAGAGAGAGAGUGUGUGUCAAAUCAUUAUAAAUAGUUUCUUCAAUUUAUUAAAAUAUCUUACUUUACUGCAACUAUCUGUUUCUGAUUCUUUAUCAUAUUUAUAGUGUGUGAUUUAUAAAAUACCUUAUAUCCUACAUCACAUAUUUUGAUUUUGGACGUCUGGUCACUUUAUAUCUUAUAUCGGAAUAUUAUAUUACUGUUAAGCCUACUAUGAAUAUUAAAAUACGCCGAACCAUGUGUCCUGUGUAUCAUAGCUACAUGAAUGACCUUUGCAGCAAAAAAACUCCGCGUGAAAAUCAGUUCGAUAUUCAGUGAGGUAUGAUUAAUUAAAUGCGCUGACAGUUAAUUGCACCUGCCAUACAGAUUACCCUGAGUGGAGCGGGUGACCGAUCUAAGAUGGCGGCGCCGCGGCUCGUCCGCGCCAGUAGGCAAGCGGUCGAUAGGGCGUGUAUCUAUAUGAUGUCUAUGUGUGUGUGAAAGUAUGAUGUAUAUCAUAGUAGUUUGUUUGACUGCAUAAAGACUUGGUCAUUGAGGCACACUGCUGCAUAUGCAAAUAUAAUUAUGUGCGAGUUAGUUUUAAUCUGCUCUAAACUAUGAGGGGGUUCUGUGUGAAAAUGUUUAUUUAUUCGUUGUUAUUACUGUUUACUCUUGCAUAAGGUAAGUUAUAUUAUGUAUAGUGGGCUAUAUGACAAUGCACAGUAGAGGCCAUUCUUAAUCAAAGUUGAAAGUCCCGGGUCCAAGCUAUCAGUAGAUGGCGGUAAUGUUCUAUUUAAGUUUGCGAUCCGCCGUGAAGAAAGAACAAAAGUUGAAACACUAAUGUCGAGUAAUGGUAAUGGCUUCACCUUUUCUAGAACGUCCUGUUGAUAUCGGAGCCCAAAUUUUACAAAAAGCUCUUCGCAGAGAAAGAGUGUUUAGGGAUAGACAGAAUCCCCUGGCUUUCCCUGAUGAUUAUUUGUACGAGAGAUACAGAUUUUCGGCUGAGGGAAUCUGGUAUCUAUGUCUGCUUCUUGAGCCUUACAAUAAAAACCCGACGCAGAGAAGCCGUGCAACCACUGUGCCGCAAAUGUUAUGUAUCGCUUUGCGUUUCUUUGCAAGUGGUAGGUACUUGUAUGCGGUGGGUGAUGCGGAGAAUCAGAAAAACACCGUUUGCCGAACUAUUCGAAGAGUGGUUCUCGCAUUGCAGAGAUACUUAAACACAUUCAUUGUGUUCCCUGGCCAUUUACCUACCGAGGCCAUAAAAGAUGGCUUCAAUAAAAUAGCUGGAUUCCCAAGAGUCAUUGGAGCUGUAGGUUGCACACACAUUGCAAUCUCAACACCUAUAAAAGAAGUUCAGGCUGAUUAUUUUAACAGAAAGUGUACUCACAGCCUAAAUGUACAGAUGACUUGUGAUCAUCAAUGUAUGGUCACAAGCUUGGAUGCCAGAUGCCCUGGCUCAGUGCAUGACUCCAAAAUGUUCCUAGAGUCAGUGUUAUAUCAGCGCUUUCAGGAAGGGCUAUUUGAUGGAAUAUUGGUGGGAGGCAAAGCCUAUGCUUGCCAGAGUUUUGUGAUGUCCCCCUAUCCUGAUCCUGAGAAAAAAGCACAGCAUGACUUUAAUGCAGCCCUCAGUCAAACAAGGGCCAAGAUAGAAAUGACUUUUGCCAUUUUAAAGGGACGGUUUAACUGUCUUCAUGAACUAAGAGUGUCACCAGUGCGGGCAUCACAGAUUGUGGGUGCUUGUGUUAUACUCCACAACAUAGCCACCAUAAGAAAGGAGCGAGAGCCACAUGAAUACAAUCUCUCCCCUGAUGAUGUUGACCCCAUUACCCUGGACCAUCCGGCUGGCAAAGCUGUCAGAGAUGAGAUCACCACACAAUAUUUCAGUUAAAAAUGAAUAACAGCACAAUGGCGCUGCAGUUAAGUCUCUAAAUGACUUA